GCCCUCCUCUGACUCUCCAGCAGAGUGGAGGCACUGACUCUGGUUUUUGUUUGCUCAGAACGGAGGGUGGGCUGGAGGAGACGGCUGAGGAUGUGCUGGUGGUCUCGGGGGAACAUGUCUCAGGACUGGGGGAUCUGCCGCCUCUUUCCUGUUGUGAUCAUACUGGUCAUAGUCUUCAAUGUCAGUGGGUCUAUGGAAGAUCCUCUUUUUGAAUGCCUGCAAGACCCUGACUAUGAAGAUCUUCGUAAGAUAAUAGAACAAGGUCUUCCCCCUACAAAGACCCCUCACAGUGUGGCUAUCAUUGGUGGAGGCAUUGCUGGACUUACUGCAGCCAAGGUCCUGGAGGAUGCUGGACAUAAGGUUACAAUUAUAGAAGCAAGCGAUCGUAUAGGUGGAAGAAUAGAGACCUAUAGGAUGAAAAGAGAGGGCUGGUAUGCAGAACUUGGUGCCAUGAGGAUCCCAUGGUUUCACAAGAUUCUCAUGGCAUUUGUGUCAAAGAUGGGACUGAAACUGAAUCCUUUCAUCGAAGAAGACAUUAACACUUACUAUUAUAUCAAUGGCUUGCUUGUAAAAACCUACAAAGUAAAAGAAAAUCCUGAAGUGCUGAACUACACCCUAAGCGAGCAUGAGAAGGGGAAAACAGCCAGUCAGCUUUUUGACAUGGCAUUGUGGAAGAUGAGGGAUGAUGUGAAGAAAUAUGGCUGUAAAAAGACGAUGGAGAAGUAUGAUUCAUAUUCUGUUAAGGAGUAUUUAGUAAAAGAAGGCAACCUGAGUCGAGAAGCUUUGCGUAUGAUUGGAGACAUCCUUAAUGAGAACAGCUUCUUUUACACUGGCCUCACAGAGACACUCUACAUCCAGUCAGAUAUCAGUGAUGAUACAAUAUAUUAUGAAAUCUCAGGUGGUAUGGAUCACUUAGCCAGAGAAUUUUAUGAAACACUCAACGCAACAAUCCUCCUUAAAUCAAAGGUCAAACGCAUUAGUCAAACCAGCAGCAAUGUUACGGUUUUGUAUCAAGACUGGCGCAACCCCUCCACUUUGACCAGCCGAACGUUCGACUACGCAUUACUGACGGCGACAGCCAAAGCUUCGCUCUUCAUGGAGUUCCAGCCUCCUCUGUCGGUCCGAAAGAUGGAGGCUCUGCGCUCAGUGCACUACACCAGCUCCACCAAGGUUGUGCUGAGCUUCAGUGAGAGAUUCUGGGAGAAAGAAGGCAUUAAGGGAGGCAGGAGCAUCACAGACAUGCCUUCAAGGUUCAUUUACUACCCCAGCCAUACCUUCUCAGGGACACAAGGGGGUGCCCUGCUGGCCUCCUACACCUGUUCUGAUGACUCCACACUUUUCCAGGGAGUGCCAGAUAACGAGCUGAUGGCCAUGGUGCUAGAUGACUUGGUGAAGAUCCACGGUGAGGGCAUCCGGCGACUCUGCACUGGCGGCAUUGUGAAGAAGUGGGCGCUGGAUCCUUACAGCCACGGGGCCUUUGCCAUCUACACUCCCUACCAGCAGACUCAGUAUGCCUCGGAUCUGUUCCAUAGCGAGGGGAGGAUUCAUUUUGCUGGAGAGCAUACGGCGAUGCCUCAUGGCUGGAUUGAGACGGCUAUGAAGUCUGCUCUAAGAGCUGCCAAGAACAUAAACAGUCUUGUAGAAUAA